GACGGAAGUUAAGAAUUGUAGUCGUUAGGAACCCUGACAUGACAAAUCAAACUGCAUUUUGAAAUACAUACAACCAGCCAAGUAAACACAAUAACAGAUCUUUGGGUCUCUAGCACCAACAGGAAGGAUGCAUGGUCGAGUGAAGGUUAAAUCUACAGCCCAGCAGGAAGAGGAGAAAAGAAAAGAGAGAGAGAAGAAACUGAAGAUAUACGUGGCUGCACGAGAUGCCUGUUUUUCCAAGAGGAAGGAGGGUAUCUUCGACGAUGAAGCUCUGCAGAUUUCCCAGCAGCUCCUGUCUUCCAAUCCUGACUUUGCAACCCUCUGGAACUACAGGAGAGAGAUCCUAAUGCACCUGGAGACUGUGAAGGAAGAGGAUGAAGUGCAAAAGAUUUAUGUGGCUGAGCUCUCUUUUCUGGAGUCGUGCCUCAAAGUGAACCCAAAGUCCUACGGCAGCUGGCAUCACCGUUGGUGGGUCUCAACCCGCCUGCCCAAACCGGACUGGGCCAGAGAGCUGAACCUGUGUGAUCGCUGCCUGAGCCUGGACGACCGAAACUUCCAUUGCUGGGAUUACCGCCGGAUGGUUGUGAAGAUGUCCGGUGUGCCCGUGGAUCAGGAGUUGGCCUUCACCGAUCGUUUGAUUGGCUCCAACUUCUCCAACUACUCCAGCUGGCAUUACCGCAGCACCCUGCUGCCGCUGCUCCACCCAGAAUCCCCUGAGCCCACAUCACCGUGCCACAAGCCCCCCCAAUCCUCCACUCCGCCAUCUCCCCAAAUCCUCUCCCACCGCGUCUGUGAAGAGCAGCUCCUGAAAGAGUAUGAGCUUGUACAAAAUGCUUUCUUCACCGACCCCAACGACCAGAGUGCUUGGUUCUACUAUCGCUGGUUGCUCGGCAGAGCUGAACGUGAAGAGAUGAUAAGCUGUGUGUAUGUGUGUCGGGAUGAAGAGAGAGUGGCAGUCGCCUUCUCUGGGCCCGUCAAUGCGCAGGCUUGCGGCCUGCUGCUGGUCCUGGACGGUUUGCCCCAGAGAGUGGAGUGGAGGAGCGUCCACCCGCGCUUUAAACACAGCCCGGUCUGGAUCUGUGAUUUUCCUCCUGGAACGAUAAGCGACAUCCCGAAUGAACACAACCUGACUGUGCACUGGACUGAGAAACCCACUCACAGAGACUGUGCUCUGUACACAGGUCGAUCUGAGAGUUGGUGUCGGGACUCGGCUACGGAUCAGGAACUUUUCAGGAGUGAACUCUCAGUAGAGAAGACCUCAGUGUUGCAGUCAGAGCUGCAAUCUUGCAACCAGCUACAAGAACUGGAGCCACUUAAUAAAUGGUGCUUGUUGACCAUUAUCCUCCUGAUGAGGGCGCUAGAUCCUCUGGGAUAUGAGAAGGAGACACUGGCUCAUUUCCAAACUCUGAAAGAAGUGGAUUCCAUGCGCUCUGCAUAUUACAGCGACCUGUGCAGCAAGUUUAUGAUUGAAAACACCAUCCUGAAAAUGGAAUAUGCUGAAGUGCGCGUCUUCAGUAUUUCUGACAAGAAUCUGACCACUUUGUGCCACCUGGACCAGCUGUUAUUGGUUACCCACAUCAAUCUGUCCUCCAAUCAGUUGCAGCGGCUGCCUCCUCAGUUCGCCAUGUUGCAGUGCCUGGAGGUCUUGGAGGCUGACAAUAACUCUAUAGAAAAUCUGGAAGGAGUUUAUCAUCUUCCCAAGCUGGAGGAAGUCAUCUUGAAGAAUAACAAAAUCUCUUCAUUGUCAGAUCUUCAGCCGCUGGCCUCCUGCCCCAAGCUAAAGCGCCUUGAUCUCCGUGGCAACCCUGUAACUCAGACGGCCGACGUGGAGUCGAAGCUGGCAGAGUUGCUGCCCUCAGUCACAGACCUCCUGCUCUGAUCAGACGUGGGCAGGACUCACUGCCAUCACCAUCAGCGCUGCCGUUCAAAUGUCCCUCGGUCUCUGCCGUGUUUGUUUGUGAAAGAGAAAGUGGGUGUUUUUCGUCUGUCUUGUGACUCUGUUUGUUCCCCUCGUUUCGGGAGACUGUCAAUCAUCCUGAUCCCUGAGGCUCUGAAGCCUGAUGCCUCUGGGCAGAAGUCAGAAACCUUUAACACAAACGUUUUCAAAGUCUGAGACUGUCCAGACAAAGCUUGGAAAAAGGCUGCCCCUCACCCCACCUUAGUUACACUCAAUUCCUGCAUGCAUAUGAGAUAAUGAUUACGUUAUCUGAGCCAAUAGACACUUAACAAUUGAGCCAAAACAGCCCGAUAUGUCUGUUGGACAAACAUUUUAAACUACAUCAAAUACAUAAGAAGGUCAUAAAGCAUUUAUUCGUUUCUGACUCUGGGUACGGGGGGAAACAGUAAAACUACUGUUUCUCUGAACUAUCUGUUUAACUAAAUCAAACAUUUAGGCAAUUUUAUGUGAUCUUAUUUUCAAAACUAAUGUAAUAGUAUUUCACAACCACUAAUUGAGCCUUCACUUGCCUCUCUUCAAAAGCUUCCAUUCAAACACGUCAAACAAUAUGUCUAGAUCUGUCAGUGUGAGUGAUUGGGUAAGUGUGUAUUAACCAAUGUUGCAUUUCUAUGUGCGUGCGUAUGGAUAUCCUUAUUACAACAGAACCAAUGCAUGCAGUAACCCUCAUCAUGGAGUACAUUGAGUUUAUAUGGAUUGGCAUGCAGCAAUGCUGGCUUAUUGCUUCUAUAAGCUUACAAAUGGUUAUAUAAGAAAAAUAUGCGUGUAACUAAUUAUCACCGCAUCGCAUAGUUCUCACACGUUUUUUGAAGGGUUGUAUAAAGCAUUUCAUAUAUGACACUAUACUGUUGCACAGUGUAAGUCACAGAUCCAGUAAUAAAUCUGCACACAUUGUGUCACUGCCUUCCAAAAA